AUGCGAGGAAACAGGCUGAGCGUGGACUUAUUGAGUGCAUCGAGAAAGAAGAAGAUCCGAUUUCUUGGACGGCGAAGGGUAAAGAGCAGACACGUUAGUCUUCGUGCUGCCCAUAACGCUCUCGGGCUACGCUCAAGUCAUCGUGAAGAGCUAUCUCAAGACCAGCUCAUCAAGAUCGCCCAAUUAUUCGAUGCGUCGACUUCCGAUAGAGUUGCUACGCGUUUGACAAGAAACCAAGGCUCAGUUGAAGUACGAAAAUCAGAAGUUGCUUUCGGAAAAUCAACACCUUCAAUAUGA